AUGAGCUACUUCCGCGUCACCCUCGUUCGCUCCGCAAUCGGUCUUCCCCGACGAACAACAGACGUGCUUAAGGCUCUCGGACUCAAGAAGCGCAUGGCCACUGUUUUCCACCCCGUCUCCCAAUCAACAGUUGGACAGAUCAUGAAAGUGAAGGAACUCGUCGAAGUUCAGGAAGUCGAAAAGCGAAUGACGAAACAAGAGAUGCAUCUGGAGCGGAAGCCCGACCCCGGAUACUAUGUUGAGAGAACGUCGGCGAUGGAAUGGGCUCAGAAGAGGGGGGAGUAG